AUGAGUAGCGACAAGAGUGAAGAUAUUUCCAACAAUUCAAUUGAACGAGAUAACGACACAUUCAUGGAGGAAAGAGAACCAACUGCACAACACAGAUUAGUUGUAAAUAGCGAUUCAUCUGCUACUCCUGUCUAUGCUGAUGGUGGACAAGAAGCCGUACAACCUAGUCUGAAGGUGUUAAGCCAUAAUGAAAAACACCCAGAUCCUGUCAGUCAAAAACUGGCACCAUCACCUCCACCACAGCAUGUUUCAUUCUUUAGUAAAGAGUAUAAACCAUACAGGAUACAAAUACAUAAACGGUUUUUAUUAAUCAACUUGUUGAUGACUGCAUCGAUCUUAGCUGUGUUUUCAAUAUAUUGGGGUUCUUAUUAUGACAUUAGCGACAAUUUGAAAGAAUUGAAGAUGUUGGUAGUUAUUGGUGAUGAGCAUACCGUAGAUGGAGUCCUGCCAGUAUUUGGGAACGCCAUGGAGGAAAUAUUACAGCGCCCACAAGCAAAAGCAAGUGGC